AUGAAUCAUCAAGAAAAACCUCCAGAAGAUAAUCUAACUGAGCUGAUGGAAUUUGUUCUCUUGGGCUUUGCUGACAUGCCCCAUCUCCAGUGGUUUCUUUUUGGAUUAUUUUUAAUCAUCUAUAUCAUUAUCCUGAUGAGCAAUGGCACCAUAUUUCUAAUAACAAAAAAUGACCCCACUCUUCAGAGCCCUAUGUAUUUUUUCUUGGCCAAUUUUUCCUUCUUGGAAAUAUGCUACGCAUCAACCACUCUCCCCAGAAUGCUGAUGAAUCUUGGGACCCAGAGAAGAAGAAUUUCUUUAGUUGCCUGUGCUACACAGAUGUGCUUUGUCCUUAUGUUUGGAGUCGCAGAGUGUUUGCUCCUGGCAGUGAUGGCUUAUGACCGCUACGUGGCAAUUUGUAACCCUCUGAACUAUCCUCUAGUCAUGAACCACAGAGUCUGCAUCCAGUUGGUGACUGGCUCCUGGACCAUUGGAAUCCCAUUUCUUAUAGAGUACACGUAUCAGAUUUUCUCUCUGUCUUUCUGUGGAUCUAACCAAAUCAACCACUUCUUCUGUGACGUUUUCCCAAUACUUAAGCUGGCUUGUGGGGACACAUUUGUGAAUGAGAUGUUGGCCUAUACGGUUGCUGUGCUAUUUGGCAUGGUUCCAUUUCUGUUGAUACUUGGCUCCUACAGUAAAAUCAUCUCCAUCAUCCUGAAGUUCCCAUCAGCCACAAGUCAAGCCAAAGCCUUCUCUACCUGCUCAUCUCAUCUUAUGGUUGUGGUAUUAUUCUUUGGAUCAGCCAUUAUCACAUACUUAAGGUCCAACACCAGACACUCAGAGGGAACUGGCAAAAUUCUAUCUCUUUUCUACACUAUCUUAACUCCUAUGUUUAAUCCCAUGAUAUACACCCUAAGGAACAAGGAUGUCAUAAUCGCACUCAGAAAAUUGCUAUGUAAAUAAUUCACUUCAUUAAAUAAUGAGCUAAAUGUAUAAGAAUUGUUUUCUUAUAUAUUUUAAAUCAAAUUUCAAUAGCUAUAUACAUUUAUUUAUACCUUGUGUUAUGGAUUGAAUUGUGCCCACAAAAAUGUGUUUUAACUUGGCUAGGCCAUGAUUCCUAGUAUUGUGUGAUUGUCCACCGUUUUGUCCUAUGAGUCAAUAUUCUAGAAGGCAAAGGGUUUGAU